AGUUUAUGAAAAAUUCAUUACAUGGCAGUUGAACAAUCCCGGUCCAACCGAGAACGCAAUUUUCCAAGCAACCAAACAAAACCGAAAAUACUUCCCCUUCAUUUACAGAAAACCCUAGGUAACAUUCUUCUUCACUUCAGCUUCCCCGCCGGCGCCUUACGCUAAAACCCCCCAUCAGGCCUCAAGCCAGAAGGAAAAGAACAACUUCAAAGAACCCCAACCAAAAGAAAUGGCGGACAAGGCUGUUACCAUAAGAACGAGGAAGUUCAUGACCAACAGGCUCCUCGCAAGGAAACAAUUCGUCAUAGAUGUUCUGCAUCCUGGAAGACCUAAUGUUUCAAAGGCUGAGCUGAAGGAGAAAUUGGCCAGGAUGUAUGAAGUAAAAGACCCGAAUUCAAUUUUUGUAUUCAAGUUCCGUACUCAUUUUGGAGGAGGGAAAUCCACUGGGUUUGGGCUUAUUUAUGACUCAGUUGAGAACGCGAAGAAGUAUGAGCCUAAGUACCGCCUGAUCAGGAAUGGGCUAGAUACCAAGGUUGAAAAGUCCAGAAAGCAGAUGAAGGAAAGGAAAAACAGGGCCAAGAAGAUCAGAGGUGUAAAAAAGACCAAGGCUGGAGAUGCUGCCAAGAAAAAGUGAGAUACUCAUAGAUUAUGAGCUAGUUUCUUGCGGCAUUACAAUUAAGACCUUAGUCAUUUGCCUCCAUUUCUUUUAAUAGCUAUGAACUUCAAACGAAAUGCUGAGUUCUUUUGCCUUUUUAAUAGCCAUUUGAGUUCUGUAUUCUGGACCUACUGUAACUGUUCGUAUGGAGAUUUAAUCUGGAAGAAUUUUUCGGGGAUUGAAAAUUGAAAUCUGCACCAGGACCUUUCAUUUUGUGGCUAGAAUUUUAGUUUGCAUUUACCAAUCAGGAUGCUUAGAUGUAUAUAUGAU